UUGGAUCCGUGUGGCGAGGGCUGUUGAGACGGUGCCCCUUGGUGGAGAGUGAUGUCAAGCACCAGGUGCACGGCCCGGUCACUGCCGGACGUCGGGGCCUCAGCUACUCAACUGUUAUUGUGCAAAACUGACGUUGAAAUAUUCUAAGGUUGAGUUUUUUGUGGAAAAAAGUUCGAAAGGGACAGUAGAUAGUUUCUUGUGAAAUUCAAGAUCAUAUUUAACCUAUCAGAUAAUCUCUCAAAUUCUCACCGACACGGCGAUCUUCCACGCAUAGUCUACUGUUCAACUUCACCGUAACGUCACCGUCGAGCUGCACCGUAGUCAUCGUCCCGCUACACCAUAAAGUCACCAUCCAGCAUCACCAUGAAGUAUACGCAUAACAAAGGAGUGAGAGGAACCAAGUGGACGUGUUGCCAGGUGGUAUUCCUGUUCCUGGGCUCCGCCUCUGCAAUCUUUGCGAUAGUGAUGCUGGCGGGGGAGUACCAGGAGCUCUUCGACGCCAUCCUGCAUUCCCAAAUGGAGAUUGAAGACGGGUCUCGGGCGUACGAUAUCUGGCGCCUGACGCCCGUGCCACUCUUCCUCCGCUUCUACUUCUUCAACAUCACCAACCCGGAGCAGUUCCAGCAGGGAGACAAGCCCAUCCUUGAUGAGGUGGGACCCUACACCUACAGAGAGUACCACGAGAAGCAGAACCUGACGUUCAACACGAACCAGACGGUGACGUACUACCAGCAGCGGUGGUGGGUGUGGGACCAGGAGGCCUCGGGCAACCUGAGCCAGGACGACAUCAUGGUCAGCCUCAACACCGUCCCUGUGUCUGCCGCGUGGAGUGUGCGCGGCCAAACGGCACUCCUCUCCGGACUCAACCUUGUUUUCCAGUACCUGGGCGAAGAACUAACCGUGAAAGCAACGGUUCGAGACACGUUGUUCAACGGCUACACGGACCCGCUCCUGGACUGGAUGCAGGAUUACGUAGUGGUGAACGGCUCCAUCAACCCCAUCCUGCCUCCUGGGAUCAACUUUCCUCCUGGUCUCAUUGACUACGACAAGUUCGGGUGGUUCUAUAAGCGUAACUUAUCUGUGACGUACGACGGCCUCUACAACAUGUACACUGGGCAAGACUCUCUCGACAAUUUAGGGAAAAUCGACUGGUGGAACAGGGAGCAGAACACGUCGUUCUUCGACUACCCGUGCAACAAAGUUACGGGGUCCGCGGGCGAACUGUGGCCUCCAGGCUUGCAGAAGGACUUCGUUGAGUUCUACAGCUCCGACUUGUGCAUGAGUGUGACGUUGUUUUACAAGGAGGAGGUCACCGACGCUAACGGCCUGCCCGGCUACCGCUACUGGGCCACCAACCAUACAUUCGCUAAUGGUAGUGUCAUCCCUGGCAACGAGUGUUACUGCGUCAAAAACACGUGUGCCCCUACAGGCCUGCUGAACGCGGAGUCGUGCCGCAUGGGGGCCCCGGCCUUCAUCUCCUUCCCCCACUUCUACAACGCUGACCCCUUCCUCAUGGACGGCGUUGAGGGCCUCACACGUGCCGACCCCGACCAACACGCGUUCUAUAUGGACCUCAUACCGGAGGUCGGGACGCCCAUGCAGGUGGCGGCCAGGAUGCAGAUCAACAUGCACGUCAUCCCGUACAAAGGAAAACCGUUUGUGCACGUGGGAAAAAUCGAUAUUCUGAGCGAGGUGUCGGAGGUGUACCUGCCCUUGCUCUGGUUCGAGGAGACGGCCGCCAUGCCUCCCGAUUUGGCCAAGCAACUCAAGGCUCUCCUCUUCAUCAUGAACACCCCGACGGUGACCAUCAUAUUGUCUGUGAUCCUGGCGCUCGGCCUCCUCACCGUCGCCAUCAUCUUCGCCAUCCACUGGAGACGAAGCAAGCGGAAUAUAUACUCCUUGGUGGUGAUUCACAAGCCUCAGUGGUGUGUCGUGUUCCUUGGUGGUGGGUCGUAUGUGUCAUACAGCAGCGAUGGAGACCUCUCAAGACACCGACAAGCUGCUCCAAGGAUAAUGAAAGAGUUGCUGAGGGGCUCACACCUGUUACACCUGGCGUUGACCAGCGCCACUCCCGCCAUCUUGCGGUGGCGGGAGUGGUCUGCACUACCAUUCCCGCGAGAGGAAGGCGAGAGAGCAGAGGGCGAGGACAGCGGAACGAUGCAGCACCGUGUGGAGGACGAGUCGCCCGACACCUCCGUCACUGGCUCCGACACCAGUUUUGCCGCAGCCAAAGAUUUUGUGAUGAAGGAGAUCGCCAAGAUGAGAUGGCUGACGCCCUGUCAGGUGGCCGUGUUGACGUUGGCGGUGCUGUUGUCCGUGUUGAGCAUGGCCAUGUUGCUCGGCGGCUACCAGGCCAUCAUCAACUGUAUUCUGCACUCGCGUUUGGAGGUCGCGGAGGACUCUGAGUCGUACGACUUGUGGAGGACUACCCCGUUCCCUCUGAUACUGAAGUUGUACCUCUUCAACCUGACCAACCCGGAACAGUUCAAGAGAGGAGCGAAGCCCGUCCUGCAAGAGUGUGGGCCCUACGUCUGGAGAGAGUACCACGAGAAGAUGAACGUGACGUUUAAUGCCAACUCAACGGUGACAUACCUGCAGCAGCGUUGGUGGGUGUGGGACGCCCACCUCUCCGGCAACGCCUCUCAGCACGACCUCAUCUUCAGCCUCAACACCGUCCCUGUGUCGGCCGUGUGGGCGGUGCGGGACCACGAGCUCUACUUGGCGGCUCUCAACAGAAUGUUCAACGAAUUGAAUGAGAAGCUCGUCGUCUCCUCCACCGUCAGCGACAUUGUCUUCAAUGGCGUCGAGGACCCUGUACUAGACUGGAUACAGAAAGAAGUGGUGGCCAAGAAUGGCACAUACCACUUCCUCUUAUCUAUAAUCGGCGAGGAUUCGGCCAUCGUCAACUUCGACAAAUUCGCCUGGUUCUACAAGCGCAAUAUGUCUGUGGACUACGAUGGUUUGUUCAACAUGAAGACUGGUGCCGACUCCAUCGCUAACCUGGGUGACAUAGACUGGUGGAAUAAGGAGCGAGAUACGUCAUAUUUCCCUCCCCCCUGCAACCAUCUCAGUGGGUCUGCCGGAGAGCUCUUUCCACCUGACAGUAACAAGACGUCUCGCACAGUCUUCAGUUCAGACCUCUGCACGAGUAUAGAGUUGUUCUACAAGGAGACGACCUACGCCAGUGGUGUGCGUGGUUACCGCUACUGGGGCACCAACCACACCUUCGCCAAUGGCAGCGUUGUUGCAGACAGGGCAUGUUACUGCGUCAAGGGCACCUGUUCCCCCACUGGUCUACUGAACGCAGAGUCGUGUCGCAUGGGCGCCCCGGCCUUCGUCUCCUUCCCGCACUUCUUGAUGGCCGACCCCUUCCUUCUCAAAGCAGUCACCGGCCUCGCUCCGGACGAGAGAAAACACGCCUUCGCAAUCGACAUCAUACCAGAGCUGGGUGUGCCCAUGAGGGUGGCUGCCAGGCUGCAGAUCAACAUGCGGGUUCUUCCUUACCCCGGCCACAACAUGAUGCACUUCGACAGGAUAGACAUCUUGAGAAGAGUGCCGGAUGUGUAUCUUCCAAUGUUGUGGUUUGAAGUGCUGGCUGAAAUGACACCAGAGAUGGCUACAGAUCUUCGGAUAGUUUUGUUUAUUAUAAAGUCUCCCAUCACUAGCAGCCUCGUGUGGUGGGUGAUGUUGGUGUUGGCGGUGUUCAUAGUGAUGGCCGUGAUCACAUUCCACUACAGGCGGGUGGGUCGCACCAUGAAUUUGGAGUAACACUGUAAACAUUCCAAAUUCCUCAGCUGCAAUGACGCUUAAAUCUUUCUUGCGCGCGCUUGUGCACAGCUUUACCAUGUAUAGUGCCCAGGAACAAUGGUUAGUUUUGUUACCAUAAACUUUGAAAUUUUAAGUAGAAAGGUUAUCUCUGGUUCUCAUUUUGUUAAAAUAUAUAUUUGACGGAGCUGUCAUGCAUUCACGACAGCUGUAUUAUACGUUUACGUUAUCUGAAGAUUCUCAUUCCUUGUGUGAAACAAGUUAAUCAUUAUUUAAUUAUGAUUUGAGCAUAUUAAUAUCUUUUGAUGCUGUACUUUGUUUUACGUGUACAAUUUUAUAUUAUAUCUAAAAAAAAUGUCAA